AUGGCGGAUUCACGAUAUGCUUGGAACAUGGCGUCGGCUGACAGCACUGAUACUGCCGGUUUGGUGAGUGCCGAUGCUGUCUCCGGUCCGUCUGAUUCCGCUGCGGUUGCUUCUACCAGAGGCAAUCUCAGUUUUGACCAGUCUGGUGCUGCCGUGCUGCUCGAUCCCGGUGUCCAUCUUGGCCAUUACGGUGGCGACACUCGGUUCGCUACUGGUACUAUCCUCGGCCAGCACGGUGGUGGCCUUCCAUUCGCUACUGGCACUGUCCCUGGUCAGCAUGGUGGUGGCCUUCCGUUCGCUUAUGGUACUGGUCCCGGCCAGGCCAUUGUCUAUCCCGAUGGCCAGCUCAGCACUGGUACUGCUACCGCCUCGUUCGCUGCGGGCAUCCAUCACAACCAGAACAUUACCCUCGCUCCGUUCAAGGCCGGUUUCUAUCAUGGCCAGCAUGGUACUAUCCCUGGGGAGUUGAACGGUGGCAUUGUCCCUGAUCCCUUCGGCACUGGUGCCUAUCUCGGUUCGUUCAACGCUGCCACUACCGGCCCGUAUACUGGUCAGAUCGAUCCCACUGCGUUUUCUGCUCCGUUCGGUGCUGCUGAUGCCCAUUUCGAUCCGUUAGACGUUGCCACUGCCGGCCCCUAUACCGGUGAGCUUGGUGCUACCAAUACCGGCUUCUAUCCCGGUCAGCUCGAUGCCACCACGUCUUCUAUUCCGUUCGGUGCUGCUAAUGCCCAUUUCGGUCCGUUCGACGUUGCCACUGCCGGCCCCUAUACCGGUCAGUUCAGCGCUACCGCUACCGGCUUCUAUCCCGAGCCGUUCGAUGCCGCCGCUGCUUCUGUUCCGUUCGGUGCCGGUCGUCCCAACAAUCCCUGUCCGACCCCUCCCAAGCGAGCCAAGAAACGCAGAUGUCAGAAUCCUCGCGCACCUGGUCUGGUUUCAACCCCGAACGAUCGUCAUGCGGCCUUGAUGGAUGCUACCUUCCAUCCUUACCACGACGGCUUGAAGACUGCUAUUAGCGACAAAGGUGCGUACGGCAAAAUUGUGACCGUCGGCGACCAGGAACGCUUCAUUUGUCACCGCGCCAGCGAGAAGGAUCCGAACAAACUCUGUGGCGCGAACAUCAAGCCCGAGGGCAAGAACCUCUGGAACCACGAUCACAAGAUACACGUGAAGACGUCGGCGUAUGCGAGGAACGCAGCCGUCCGGGACACAGGCUUGCUUGUGUGUCCCCAAUGCUCCGAACAGUUGGACAAUGACCACAACUACGUGGCCCACAUGCGCAGGGUGCAUGACCUGAGAAACAAGCGCGGCCAGCCCAAGAAGUACUAG